AUUAUACAAAAUGGCUGUUUGUCAUGGUGUGCUAAAUCGAACGCAUUCCUGCCGUGAACUUAAUUUUUUUGUUAAAAUUUACUAUACCUACAAAAAAACCGACAAAUUAGACGUAGUUUGGUCUAUAUUUAAUAAUUUUAUAACUAAAUUUACCUCAGAAACUGUAUUUUCCAAAAAGUUUCACCACAAGCGUUCCAAACAUAGCGAUGGUGCUGCCACUUACUAAAUGGCAACCGUGUUUGUAAAUCAUGACAUCGAGCCAAUCGUUAUGGCGCCAAAUUUUUUUGUGCUGUUAAUAUUUAAUUUAAGAAAAUAUAAAACUACUCUAGUGAAAAUUAUUGAGUAACUUAAUACUUACAGUAGUCAGUAUUUUAUUUACAGUUAUCACGUCUUCACAAAACUAUUAUAUAGGUUUAGUUUAUAUUGUGCAGUGAAUUGUACAACGUAGACAAGGAUCAUGUCAUUGCACUAACUUCCGUUGGAGCUAUUUACUACAACCACGGGAAAACAUUUCUUAUUACAAAACGAUAACCUCAAUUUUAUUCUGUAAACAACGUGUUUUUUAAAGUUACAUUCGUUAUCUUUUAUUACACUAAGUAAUAAUGGCAGAUGAAGAUGAUACCAAAGAGUAUCGGUGGGAAACUGGAUACGAAAAGACUUGGGAAUCUAUUAAGGAAGAUGACGAAGGAUUUUUACAGGCAAGUGUAGCUGAUAUUGUGCAAAGGGCGAAAAGAAAACGACAAUCCCUUAAACAUGGUAGUCAAAAGUUAGGAAUGAUGAGACAUUUAUUUAUACUUUUAGAUUGUUCAGAGUCAAUGUCCAGCCAAGAUCUGAAACCAACACGACUUAUUUGUACAUUGAAACUUGUGGAGAUGUUUCUUGAGGAAUUUUUUGAUCAAAACCCAAUUAGCCAGGUAGGAAUCAUACUUAUGCAAAACAAAAGAGCUGAAAAAAUUAGUGAAUUAGCAGGGAAUUGUAGGAAACACAUAAAAGUGAUUAAUAGUUUGAAUAGAACUAGUUUGCAAGGUGAGCCAUCAUUACAAAACGGCUUGGACAUGGCCAUGUCUUCUCUUAAAUUAUUGCCUGCACAUGCUAGCAGAGAAAUAUUGGUAAUAAUGGGUAGUUUGACCACAUGUGAUCCAGGAGAUAUUACAAAAACUAUAGAUAUUUUGAAACAGGAAGGAGUAAGAUGUUCAGUUAUAGGUUUAGCUGCUGAGGUACAUGUUUGCAGACUAUUGGCAGAUCAAACUAAUGGUACUUAUAAUGUAAUCUUAGAUGACAUUCAUUUCAAAGAUUUGCUAAUGCAGCAAGUUGAUCCACCUCCUGCUGCAAUGUGUCUUGAAUCAAACUUAAUAAAAAUGGGAUUUCCACAUCAACUCAAUGUUGAAGGGUCAGAGGAGCCUCUUACUAUGUGCAUGUGUCAUGUGGAUAGCUCAGAUGAUGGAAGUAAGCUGACAACUGGAGGUUAUUAUUGUCCACAGUGUUAUAGCAAAUAUUGUGAACUUCCUGUAGAAUGUAGAGCUUGUGGCUUAACUUUGGUAUCAGCUCCGCAUUUAGCAAGAUCUUAUCAUCACCUAUUUCCAGCAGCUAAUUAUAUAGAAAUUAAUUUUGAUAAUCAAGUGAAUGGUUGUUUUGCAUGUCAAAGGAUUUUAGGAGAAGCAGAUAAACAGGUCUACAAUUGUCCAAACUGUAAAAAAAUAUUCUGUAUAGAUUGUGAUAUAUUCAUCCACGAAACGUUGCAUACUUGUCCAGGAUGUGCCACAAAUCCAUCAACAUUUCAAAUUGCUCUUACAACUUAACAGAAAAAUUUUGGUAUAAUUUUUUGAGUAAAUAGCGCAUUAGUUGUGUGAUUUAAUCCUUGUGAUAUGUCUAAAAGGGACUAAUAUUAAAUUGUACAUAAUAAAUAGGAUAUAAUAAAAAAAUAUCUGUUGUA